CAACAAUUCCGGAGCGAGCCAUUUCCCGAGAUGAAGCUCCUGACCGCGACCGCUGCCGUAGCCACGCUCGCGCUCGCCGUCGCCGAGACGCUCCCGGCCUGCUCGCCCGCGUCCGAGGCCGCCAUCACCAACUCGACCACCUCGGAGAACGCGACGCUCUGCGCCAAGGCCGAGCUCAAGUCGCUGGGCACGCCCGAGUCGAUCACUAACCUCUUCGACUCCAAGAUUCCAUCGAGCCUCGCCAAGGCGGUCGUUGCCAACGCCAACUGCCAAGGCUGGUUCUCGGAGUUCACGACGCUCCUCAAGGCGGCGGGCGACUGCGCGUUUGGCACGAUCUCGGCGCCCGCAACCGCCAAGAUGACGCUCGCGCAGUUCCUGCAGUUUAGCAACACCAACAACACCGAGUCGCCGGCCUCGACGACGCCCGCGGCCACGACCAAGGUGUCGCCAACGACCGCGCCGGCGCCAGCGACUGCCGCGCCGACGACCGCGCCGUCCUCGGCCGCGACGCUCUCGGCGGCUGCCGCGCUUGUCGUCGUCGUCGCUGCUCAAUUUUGCUAAGUAAUUUGCAUUGUCGAUGGCGAUAGCACUGCUUUGGUGCACGCUUGCUUCAAGCCCAACGAUUGUCGUUCCAAUUGCCGUAUCUUGUGUGCGCAACUCGGAGAAACGCCAUGUCGUUCGGGCAGAGCGACGAUCUCGCGUCCUUGCUCUCCUGCAUAUGGAGCCGUCUCUACGCUGUCUACUGCACCACGUCGUACACCUGCGGAAUAUGUAUUCCCUAGUCCUACA